AUGGAAUUCCAUGUGUUACGGGUUGUUGUUGGUGUGGGUGAUGAUGCUGAUGAUUCUGAUUGGUGGUGGGUUAUGACAGGCGCGGGCGGGUUGACGGCGGACGACGUGGAGCACGCGAGCACGUUGCUGCGUGCGGCCGCAGUGCAGCCGGCGGUGAUCCGCGCUGCGCUGCUGGGCGCGUCGCGCCGUGCGCUGGCCGCGCUGCUGGCACUGCCCGAGCGCGCACACGUCUCGCUGCUGCCGCACGCACAGAGCGAGAGCGAGCCGCAGCCAGCUGAGCGUGUAGUGGAAGUGGAGACGGGCAUCUCGUUCCCGCAGCUUUCGCCCGCCGGUGCCGGCGCCGCGCACCACGACAUGUUCGAGCUCUCGCUGUCCCGUGCCGUGCAAGGGCGCACGGGCGGGGCGGCGGGGCGGGAGCGCGGCAAGCUGUCGCGCGUGACGCAGCUGACGGGCUUCUCAGACCCGGUGUACGCGGAGGCCAUCGUCGCCGUCAACCAGUACGACAUCGUGCUCGACGUCCUCGUCGUCAACCAGACCGACGAUACGCUGCAGAACUGCACGGUGGAGCUUGCGACGCUGGGCGAGCUGCGGCUGGUGGAGCGGCCGGCCGGCGUGGUACUGGCGCCGCGCGACUUCGCCACCAUCCGCGCGCACGUCAAGGUCGCCUCCACCGAGAACGGCAUCAUCUUCGGCAACAUCGUGUACGAGGUGUCGGGUGCUUCUAUGGACCGUGGCGUGGUAGUGCUGAACGACAUCCAUAUCGACAUCGUGGACUACAUCCAGCCCGCGGUCUGCAGCGAUGCUGACUUCAGGCAGAUGUGGGCGGAGUUCGAGUGGGAGAAUAAGGUUUCCGUGAACACCAACAUAACGGACUUAAGAGAGUACCUUGAUCACCUUCUGACAUCCACUAACAUGAAAUGUUUGACGCCAGAUAAGGCCUUAUCCGGACAGUGUGGAUUCUUGGCGGCGAAUCUUUACGCGCGCUCGAUCUUCGGGGAGGACGCACUCGCCAACGUGAGCGUCGAGAUACCACCGCACCGCAACGCCGCGCCCGUCGUCGGACACGUGCGGAUACGGGCCAAGAGCCAGGGUAUGGCUUUGAGCCUGGGCGAUAAGAUCAACAUGAUGCAGAAAUCGGCACAGAGCAAGCUGCCCGCCAAACCCAUACCGGCCGCGUGA